AUGUUUUCAUCUCUGCAUGCCUUUGACUCGUUGCUCUUUUUGCUCAUUCUUCUGUUCUUCUUCCUCUUGUUUUUCAUCUCUUGCACUUCCUUCUCAAUCUACACUCCCUCAUUCUUAUCUCCCCUUCUCUUCAUCUCCUCAUUCUCUUCUCCUUUUCUACCUUCUUUUUUCAGCUCCCCAUUCCGUCUUCUCCUUCUUCCUCCUUUUCUCCUCCUUUCCUCUCAUUCUUUCUUCUCCUUUUCAUUCUUGUUAAUGAUCUUCCUGUCUUCUCCUCCCUGUUUUUCUCCUUCCUCCUCUCUGUCCCCCCUUUUUCUUUGUUCUCAUUCUUUCUCUCCCACUAUGUUUUCAUCUGUUCAUCCCUUUUACUCGUUGCUUUUUCCUUAUUCUUCUCUUCUUCCUCUUGUUUUAGAUAUCUUGUGCUUCCUCCUUCCCAAUCUACUCUCCCUCAUUCUUAUCUCCUCUUCUCUUCAUCUCCUCAUUCUUUUCUUCUCCUUCUGUCUUUGUCUCAUUCAUUCUUCUCUACUUCUUCUACUUCGUCUCUUCAUUUUUUUCUUCUACUACUACUUAUUAUUCUCCUUCGUCCUCUCUUUAUUCUUUUUUCCUUUACGUUCUCUGCUACUUUUUCAUCUUCUUCUCUUUUCUUCUCCUCCUUCGUCCUUCUGUCUUCUUCUUUCUCCUCCUUCUUUUCAUUAUUUUGUUGUCCUUCUGUCUUCUACUCCUAUUUUCUUCCUCUUCUCUGUUCUCCUUUCUUCUCCUCUCCCUUCUUUUUCUUCUCCUGUUUUAUUCACUUUCCUCUUCUACUCAUUCUUCUUCAUCUCUUCCUCCCUUUACUCUUUGUUCUUCUCCCUCCUUCUCCCUUUCUCCCUCAUUCUUUUAGUCUGGUCUUAUUCUACUCCUCAUUCUUUUCUUCUUCUGUCUUUUUGUCAUUCUUAUCCCAUCCUCAUAUUUUUUCUCCAUCCUCCUCUUCUCCUUUUUCUUCUCCUCUUCCCGUUUUUUCUUCAUCCUCUCCUCCUCCCUCAGCCAGUUUUUGAAAUUUUCCUCCUUUUACUCCUUGUUCUUCCUCCUUCUUCACUUUCUGCUCCUCCUUCUCUGACUUCUACUUCUUUCUCCUUGUCUUUUUCUCCUUCUUCUGCCUUCUAUUUUUUCCUCCUUCUCUCCUUGUUCUUUUCUCUCUUUCAUUCUUUUUCUUCUCCUUUCUUUUCAUUCUUUCUAAUAAUUCUCCCACAAUUCCUAUUUUUUCUUCUUCCCCCUCUCUGUUCUCCUCUUUUCUUCUCCUUCCCCUUUAUGUUCUCCUCCUUCCUCUCCUACAUUUCCAUCUAUUUUCCCCUCUACUCCUUGUUUUUCUUCCUCCUUCUCUUCUGCAUUCUUUUUCGCCUCCUUUUCCUAAUUUUUUCCUUCUCCUCUUCCUUCUAUCUUCCUUUCCUAUGCCAUCUUCUAUUUUUUCCUUCCUCCUUCUGUCUUCUCCUACUUUCUCCUGCGCCUUUGUUUUUAUCUCGUCCUCGUCCUCCUCCUUCUGUUGCCUUUCUCCUCUUUUUUUCAUCUCUUGCUUCUCUUCCUCCUCCUUUGCCUCCACCUACCGUAAUUUCCGGAGUAUUGAGCGCACCUGAAUAUAAGCCGCAACCACUACAUUUAAGAAGAAAAAAAGUUUUGUAUAUAUAUAAGCUGCACCUGACUAUAAGCCGCAAGUGUCCAAGUUGUAACAUGAGAUAUGUACGCAGAAAAAUUUUUAACUUUUUACAAACAGUGCCUGUAACACGGCAGUAAAACGCAUUGAGUCAGUUCACGCUGACGACUCCAACAUCUCACCAUGGAUUCAUUGAUGCCAAGCUUUUCUAUUCCUAUUCCUUCUCCAUCUUUCUCUUUUCCUUCUUUGUCUCCUUACACUACUCCCUCUUUUCAUCUCUUCCUCCCUUUUCUCCUUCCAUCUUCUUCUUUUUGUCCUUUUUCAUUCUCACUCUUUCUUCCUUUUUGUCAUUCUUGUCUUUUCCUCUUCCUCCUUCAUUUUCUCCCCUUCUCCAUUUUUUCUCCUUCUUCCUCUUGUACAACUCAUGUUUCUUCAUCUGUUCCUCCCUUUACUCCUUGCUCCUCUUCUUUGUCUUCUCCCUCCUUCUCCACUUCCCUCUUUCUCCUCCUUUUCUGUAUUCUCCUUUCUUCUUCUGAGACUCCUUUGUCUUCUUCUGCUUCCUUCUCCUCAUUCUCUAUCUUUUCUUUUGUCUCAUUCUUUUAACUCCUUCUCAGUCUUCUCCUUGUUCUCCUCCUGUCGCCUUCUUUUUCACCUCUUCCUUUGUCUACUCCUUGUUUUUCUUCCGUCUUCCCUUUCCUCUCCUCCUACCUUUUUCUUCCCUUCUUCUCCUACUCUUUCUUUGUCUCCUUUCUCCUCCUCCUUCUCUGUUGCCUUCUUCCUCUUCUUUUCAUCCCUUCCUCUCCUUGCUUCUCUUUCUGCUCUUCCUCCUCCUUCUCUUCUCCUUCUAUCUUGCCAUUCUUCUCUCAUCCCAGUCUUAUUUUUCUUCUCCUCCCCUCCUAUUUUCCUCUUUCCUCUCCUCUUUUCCUCCUCUUUCUUCUUUCUUUUUAUCCUCUGCGCCUUGUUUCUUUUUUCUCUUCCUCUCCUACUAUUUCUACUACUGUUCCAUCUCUUCCUCCUUCACUCGUCAUUCUUCUUCUUACUAUGUCUACUCCUUCUCUUCCUCAUUCUGUCCUUCUCCUCCACUUCUCCUUUUUUCUCUUCCUCAUUCUUGUCUUGUCCUUUUCUACCUCAUUCUUUUCUCCUCCUUUUUAUCUCCUCCUACUUUGUCCUCCUCUUUUUGUUGUCUCCUUCUCUUCUUCCUCUUGUUUUUGUCUCCUCCUUCUGUUGUCUUCUUCAUCUCUGCCUAUCUCUACUCCUUGCUCUUCUUCCUUGUUUUUCUAAUUCUCUUCCUUGUAAGGAAACGAAAAGUUUCAUUCUCCUUUGUCAUUUUCUUCCUCUUCCUCGCUUGAUCUUGAUUUUCAGUAUGAACACAGACCGUGAAAGCGGGGCCUCAUGAUCCUUCUGACUUUUUGGGUUUUAAGCAGGAGGUGUCAGAAAAGUUACCACAGGAAUAACUGGCUUGUGGUGGCCAAGCGUUCAUAGCGACAUAGCUUUUUGAUCCUUCGAUGUCGGCUCUUCCUAUCAUUGUGAAGCAGAAUUCACCAAGCGUUGGAUUGUUCACCCACUAAUAGGGAACGUGAGGUGGGAUUAGACCGUCAUGAGACAGGUUAGUUUUACCCUACUGAUGAUGUGUUGUUGCAAUAGUAAUCUUGCCGACUCUUUACUGUCCUUUUGUCUUUUCUUCCUUCUGUCUCCUCUUUUUUCUCCCUCAUUCAUUUUUCCUUCUCCUUUUUUCUCCUUCUUUCUCUAUCGCCAACUCCUUUUUCCUCCUUCCACUCUUUGUCUCCUUUCUCCUCAUCCUCCUAUCUUCUCCUCCCUCCUCUUCACUUUUCAGCUGUUACUUAAUCUGCUCCUUGUUCUUUUCCCUUCUUCUUUUCUCCAGCAUUCUUUUCUGUCAUUUAUCUUCUUUCCAUCUUCUUUCUCCUCCUCCUUCUGUUCUCCUUACUCCUCCUAUCUUCAUUUCAUUCUUUAUCUCUUCCUUCUGUAUUUGUUUCUGCCUUUAUUGUCGUCGACUCAUCUUUGCCAUUCUUCUCUUCCUUUACUGCUCCCUUUUCUCAUCUCUUCCUCCUUUACUCUUUAUUCAUCUGACGCUAUCCUCUUCUUUUUCUUAAUCUUUCUCCUUUUACUCUUCCUCCUCCUUCUCCCUCUCUUCCCGCUUUCUUGUCCUUUCUCUUGCUACUACGACUUUUGUCCUCGUUCUCCUCCUUUCUCUUGUACAACUCAUUCUUCUCCAUCUCGUCUUCCCUCUACUCCUUGUUCCUCUUCCUCCUUUUUUCUCCUUUUACUCUUCCUCAUUCUGUCCCUCAUUCAUUUUGUCUCUUCCCCCUUCUUCCCGUUCUUAUUUUCUCCUCCUGUUCCCUCUCUGUCUUCUUUCUUUCUCCUAUUCCUUCUUUCUUCUCUUCCUCAUUCUCCUGUCUCCUUCUUCUACUCCAUUUUUUCUCAUCCCUCUUCUCUCCUCAUUGUUCCUCUUUCUUCUACUUCUGCUACUUUUCCUCCCUUUACUCCGUUUUUCUUCCUUCUUUUCUUCCUCCUUUCCUUCUUCUCUUCUUUAUUCUUCAGCCAUUGUGUUAUUAUUUUCCCUCCUUAUUCUUCUUUUCCUCCUUUCCCUUAUUCUCAUCUUCUCCUUCUGUCUUCUCCUUUCUCCUGUCUUAACGUUACGAGACCAACCCUCUUCCUUGGACCUGUGGAUUGCCAUGGCUAUAAAACUGGAUAAUCGAUUAAGAGAAUGACGUGAAAGAAAGACGCGUCUGCUGCGAGGAUCCUAUCCUGGAGUCACCGUGACACGUUCACCUCCAUCAGAACCAGAUAAACUUUACACCGAACCGAUAAGUAUCGUGUGCUUGAAUAACAUGGACAUGUUUGCGCCUCAUAUGUCACUCAUUGCCGAACGGAUGAAUUUCUAGAUAAGCAUCUUGGGGGGGGAUUGAUGAUGACAGUUCCUAAUUAACAGAGAUGUCAGAUUUUAUUAAGGAGAUUAUGUAAACUAGCUCUUUGUCUUAGCUAUUGCUAUAGCUUUAUGCUUUGAUAAGAAAAAAGUCAUUAGGACAGACGGAAUUUCUGAAGGGUUACUAUGCAUGUAUGGUAAAGAGAAGUUUUUAAAGUUUUAAAAUUGGCCUACAAUACGGGCAGUGUUACUGGUUCAAAUUAUUUCUGCUAACAGUUGAACAGCAACAUAUUGCAGAAUAUGUGCCGACAGACAAAUGUUUUAAAGAGCCAUCCAGAUAUAACUUUCUCCUGUUGUUGCAGACAUGGGGACACGUAAUCUAGAGAAAUGUGUGGCCUGCCACAAGAAAAUCUUCGUUGCAUGGAAGAAGUGUCCUAAAUGCAGUGCUGUACAGCCGCAUAAGGAAAGGCUUCUCAAAGAGAGAACGAGGUUUGCAGCUAUGGAAAAAAAUGGAAAGAAAACAUUAAGAAGGACUGCAAUGGUACACGUUUUAGACUCCUGCUUCAAAAUGGCAAGCACACACUUCACACUUUAUGAAAUGCUAGUUCAUUUGGUGUUUUUCUCAACAUUCUAGUAAAAGUCACCUGUUUAAUGACAAGGAUGUCCUUGUCAUUAAACAGGUGACUUUUACUAGCCAUAGCUAAGUAAUGUGGCUUUAAAGAAUUCAUUUUAAUUUUGGAAAUCAGCUUUAAGGCAUCAUGAAAGGAACAUGAAAUCACAUUGUAAUCAUAACUAAAUAUUUUGCUUAUGACUGUAGACAAAUACACCUAGUAGUGCUGUUUGUGUACCUUUGUUGAGUACACAAAACUAUACAUCAUCAGAGUACAGUCCACAGAUCAUCCCCAUAAUUUAGUACUGCUGUCAUCGCGUAUGUAAAUUAAAGUGUGCCGUCAUCACGUAUGCAAACUGAAUAUGCUGUCAUCACGUAUGUAAAUUCUGGAGAGAGAAGUUAUGCUAUAAAAUGCACCUGUUGGAAAGAAUUAUUGGGAGAGUUACGAGGUAGUCACUGGAUGCAAGCCAGGCAGCAAUGUUCUGAGCAUGAGGGAUUUUACCACGUAACUUGGAAGAGAAUUCAACACGAUCUGUAAAGGAAUAACUAUUCCACAGGAAUUAUGGAUUUAAGGACUGCUCCUUCUGCACUGUUUGAGGAUUACAGAACUGGGAUCUAACAAUAGCACUGACUGAAGGAACAUACUGAACUCUAUUAUUUCCAAAGGAUUGACACCCGAGUGGAUUAUAACAAAGUUUUUAUUGGUCCAAACAACAUAAAGGAUACCAGCAGUUCUAAAUGGAGACUGAACUCUCUCUCCACCUCCCCCCUGGAGCAGGGCCCCGGUGGCUCGUCGGUCUUCAGGUGAGCAGCCAGGUGUGGCCACACCGUCUGCUCUCCCCCUCCAAAUUACAUAGUCUGGGUGAUUAUUACUCUUCUUAGAUAAAAGCUUAGUUCCACUUAGGAGUCAUAUUAGAGGAUUGUUAUAAGAAUUAGUGUUUAAUUGAUUGUUUGGUGAUUUAUGGGCUAUUGCUAUUUCCCUGCUAUUGCUAUUUCCCUGCUGAAAUAUUCAAUUAAUAUUCAAUUAAAGUAUUCAUCCUGCAAUUAAAGUUAAUAGAUUGGAAAUUCUGUUUAUUUUUAUCAUGAUGAUGAAUUAACCACAUAUAUCUUCUCAGUUUGUAAAAAGUCAGGUUAAUGUGUGCAUUACAUCAAACAGGUUCUGUCAGGUUACCUAGUCGUUGGGGCCGAGGGUAGCCUUUUUUAAACUUAUCCUUGGGGUUAUCCGUUCCUUAACCUCUAAAUUUAAACCUAGCAACUUACCAAGUGCAAAAUCCGUUAAGAGAAAAGCUGCCGUUAACAGACGUGACUGGUAAUUAACUUGACCAUUCGAAAGUGGCUACUCAGUUGAGUUAGUUAUCAGAGGAAGCAGGAUCGGCGUCCGGAUGGAGGCAGUUAGAAGCUAGGUGAAUUGUCUUGCUUACCAGCUUAAACAUUCCUCAGAUCCCAUCUGGGUUAGACCCUCUGGGCUGCAGGAACCGGACCCGUUAGAUGGAGAGCUGGUCCAGUAAUUCUCUGAUAGUUAAUUAAUUUGAUUGAUUUAGGAGGUUACUGGCCUUAGGAUUCCACAAUGUGUUCCAUCAGGACACAUCAGUGUAACAGAAGACCGUGGAAGCAUUGUUGUAGAAGGCAGUAUGAUGGAUGAUGGCACUGGAACCAAAAGUUCAAAGGUUCAGAGGGUGGAAAAAAAGCUAGAUACAGGUGUGUUUUGAAAAGAGAUUGUUGUCUUCAUUUUUCAUCUAUGUGUAUUUAGAACUUGUAGUUUUUAGUUUUGGGAUAUGUAACAAUGUGAUAAGACAGUGGACAAUGAUUUGCAGCUUGCUGAUGAUUUGAAUAUCACAGAACAAUCAAGGGAGACGGAUGACAUUGAAUUUUUUUGUUUGCCUGCAAUAUUUUUGCAGAUGGACCUACGGUAAUCGGGUCAUGAAAAUGGUGAAUAGGAAGGAGUCAGUGAGUGGAACAAAAGAUAUCACAGAAGACCCUGAAAGCAGCUCUGUGGGAGGCAUCGACGGGGGGGUGGCAAGACCACUAGAAGACAAAUGACACAAUCACAGAAUGAGGCUUCAGAUGUAGCUGUUGGAAAAGAGCCUGCAAGCCACAUGGUGGGACAUUUGAACAUAUUUCAAGGAAGCAAGGCUGGGAGCAAGAGCCGAAACAGAGGUGGCAAAAGAAAACGUCAAACUACAGCGGAAUUAAAUGGAAGAAUUCUUGGGAGCCCCUGUCUUGCCUUCGGAUUUCAGCAACUGAGGAAAGUCUUGAUGAACCCCACUGCCCUGGUGGAGGAGGAGGAGGAAAAGGAGGACUUCUAUUCUGUCCUGGCUGACAAAUAGCGAACAAAGUUGAGAGACUCAGUAGUUCCGUCUGAAGAUGCUUUACUGAAUCUUCUCAAUACCUUUUUUUGUAAAACUGCAACACAAUGAAAUAUACACAAUGUUACAAUUAAAAUAUGAAUGAAAAUAAAUAUAUGCAGCAACACUGGUCACACUUUCCUUCUUCCUUUUCAGGUUGUAAAUCAGGUGAGUACAUCGCACUUAAAUAAAGCAAACACAUCUUUUGCAGGUAAGUAACAGCAUAAACACAAUUAACAGCAAUACUGGUUCACACAUAAACAUAGCAUACAACACAAACGAGGUUUGUGUUGUAUGCUCUGCCAUGGCUCUGCCAUGAACUGAAUUAGCCAUAGCAGCUAAACUAGCCUCUUGCUAGCGGUUAGCUUCGCGAUUAGCAUUAGCAUCGUUAGCACGGUUUUCGUGACUCAAAAUAAACGUCCUAAACACCAUCUUCAAAUUCACAGUGCCACAAAACAACUAAAAUAAUCAUUGCAUCCAUACUCACUGUUGGUUCCACUCCAAGACUCAGACAAUCAACUUUCUGUGGUGGAGCACUUGCAACGUAUGCCUGAACACUGACACUGCCUGGUCCUUAAAGCUGCAGUAACUAAAAAUCACCACGAGGGGGAACUUAACCUUUCAGUCACUGGCAGGAGUCAGAACAACUUCGAUGGCAGUGACGACCACGCCUGAAACCUGCUGUUCAUGAACUUUAUUUUGCAAUAAAGCACACUGUUCAAAAUCCUUUUUUAAAUUUUCUUUCUUUUAGAUUUUGUGUUGAAGAAAAAGUAUUGCUACUGAUAAAGUUUAACAUUUAUCAAAUAAUUCCUUCAGAAUGAUGAAGG